AUGGAACAGAAUCAGCCAGAGAUUGUCCAGCAUCAGUUAAAUAUUUUAACCAGGGCAGCCAAGAUUGUGGAGAUUCUUACUAAUGUGGAGCUUCCAAAGUGGAAGCGGUGGCAGCAAUUGGCCUGCAUUGGAAUUCAACUUCACACUCUGCACCUGAAGAACCUGGAGAAACAAUUUACGACUGUCGCUAAGGUGCUGCUAGGAAUAUAUAAACAGCUGCUGAAACAGCAAGACUGGAACGUAUUCAGCCUCCAUGCUUCAAUGCCCAAAAUGGAGAAUUUUGCACUGACCUUGUUUAGGAAGCUUGUCACAAAAGCUCUGGUUGUCGAGAAACAGCCUGUCAUGCAAAAUUACUCACAGCGGCCUCUGAUACUGAAGGUUGGGGUACAGUUCAGUAUGACAGUGAGGUUCCUGGUAAAUAUACCUGAAAUCCGGCUCAAAGUCAAACCUGUCUUUGACAAGGAUGUUGAAGAAGCAAAAACAGUAAAAGGGUUCCGUCUCUUUGAUUUCAACAAGGAUGUAAUGAAGCCGUUUGAGGACACAGACGGAGGCUUGAUGGUGGAAUUUGGGCAAAUGUCUCUCAAGGAAACAAAAUCAAGAAUUAAAGGAUCUUCUGAGAACCUUCUGACAGUUACUGAAGAGCUGCAUAUAAUUAAGUUCAUGACAGAGUUUCAGUACGCUAGACAAAUGUUUAACAUCGAGGCCAGUUCCCUGCCUGUGGUCGUCAUCUCUAGCACAAGUCAAGUCACCAAUGCCUGGGCCUCCAUUAUGUGGUGGAACAUGCUGUCCACCCGUGAACCUUGGGACCUGUCGCUGUUCCUGCAUCCUCCUCCUCUCCCCUGGGAGCAUCUGUCACAGGUGCUGAGCUGGCAGUUUUACACCGUUGGCCAAAGAUGGCUCAACAAAAUGCAGCUCUCCAUGCUAAGAGACAAAAUUGAGCACAAGAAAAUGAAGAAGUACCAGAAGCCGGAGGAACAACUGGAGCAGAUGUGGAAGACGAGGGCCAUCAGUCAUGAGGGAUGCUCUCUGCAACAUCUGGACCAGCGGCCAUUUGAUGCCCCUGCACCUCCUGAAGCUCCUUUCUUCCACUGA